GUCGCUGCCUCUCUGUCAAGUAUAGAUGACACUUACACAUUAAUAUGGUCUUUUAAAGAGCUGGUUUCUGCAAGACGGAGGACAAAUAAGUACAAUCCACAUGUAUUUGGGACGAUAAAUAGGUAGAACGAUAUAACCAAUUCAUCGCUAUGGUUGGUUGAUGCAUAGAGCAUCGGGAUGAUGUAAAGUACCAGGCAGCUCAUCUGAAAAUCCUCAAAUCCACUUCAUCAUUAAAGACUCUUCAGUUCCUGACUAAGGAAGCUAGUUCUUCUUUUUUUUUCUGUUCAGCACACACUAAUGACAAGAACAAAAAUUUGAUCUUUUUGACAAGUACAAGAUUUGGAUUGAUAUCCAUGGCCACGAUGCGCCAAGACGGAUAAACAUUAGAAGAGGGGAUACUCUCGUGUUUAAGAAUUUCAAACUGUUCAGUUUUCUGAAUGAUCUUGCCACUAAAUAAGUGCAAUUAUAAAGUUGUUGAAAACACAAAUAUUUCUCAGGCAUUUACCAGUUCUGCAAAGUAGGAAUAAUUGGUAUCUGGACCGUGCGACCACCCUGCACAGCGGCUAGAUGCUAUCUGGGUUGGAGCUGUGCGUGUGUCCAGCUACAGCUGCCGGCUCCUCGGACCAUGUCACGGCGGCACCACUCAAGGGCAUGAUGGAGCAGCAGUACCGGGGAGCUAGCGCUCCUUGCCCGCUGGACUUCCCCGUCGUCUCGCAUCACCAGGCCGUCCACCACCUCGCCAUGAACACUCAAGCUCGGUAUCAGCAGCCCCCGAAGCCCAACCACUCCAUCGAUGCUAUCUUGGGCAUCCAACGGGAGGCAGAAGCAGACAAACACAGGACAGUACUUGGCCCACUGCAUCACCACCUGCCGCCGAGCCCCACUCACCGGGCACGAUCAACCUCGCCUACCGUGGCACCUUGCACACCGCCCCCGGACAAUCACGUCGACGGCAAAGAAGAGGAGACCGCGUUCUUGGAGGGUUUCAAGUCAAACAAAAAUGGAUUUGCUCAUAAGAAUUCGACGCGCCAGGCCACUGACAGCAUCAGCCAGCCACGGGCAUCAGCGCAGCAUCAGAGCUGCGGCGAGUCCACGGCCCUCGGCAGCACAUCAGACUCGGCGGUAGAGCUGGACGAGGGGACCCCGGACUCGCCGGGCAGCCCCGGCGGUGCUGAUCUGGGUGAGGACGGGCCGGACGGCAAGAAGAAACACCGGCGUAACCGGACCACUUUCACCACCUACCAGCUGCACGAGCUGGAGAGGGCGUUCGAGAAGUCACACUACCCAGACGUGUACAGCAGGGAGGAGCUGGCACUCAAAGUCAACCUUCCUGAAGUCAGAGUCCAGGUAUGGUUCCAGAACAGGAGGGCCAAGUGGCGCCGACAGGAAAAGAUGGAAUCCAGCGCCAUCAAGAUGCAGGAGCAAGCCAUCUCAUCCCUCCACCGGAGCACCAGCGGGCUGAACACCAAGCUGCCCCUAGACCCCUGGCUGACCCCACCCAUGUCCAACGCGGCCGCGCCCGCUUCGUUCCCCUCGCUGCAGGGAAUCCUCGCACACGGACAUCACCAGUUAUCUCCCCUGGGCUCAGCCGGCGGGGGACGGGGGCAUCUCUGCGGUCUGGGCCCCAUCAGCUUCCCGCUGCUGCCGCCCACAUCGUCCAGCUUCUCGCUCUUGAGCCCCACCCUCGGGGGCCCUGGGCGCCAGGGGGUGGGGUUGCUAGAGACAGGUGAUGUCAGACACUCGAGUAUAGCGGCGUUGCGAUUGAAAGCCCAAGAGCACCUGGACACCAUGAUCAGGGCGCCCGUCUACAGCGGUCAGUCGUCACCUACAAGCGACUAGGAAGUCUAUACCCAUUGAGAUGCCGAGUAGAAAAUGUUGUUUCAAAAAGCUCACAAAUUAAGCUGUUUGCCAGUUUCGCUAAGCGCAUUUGCUUAGCAGCUUAUUGAUACACAGCCAGACACUAUAAUAAUGUUUUGGUAACUUCUUGAAGCCCUCCAAAUCUCAGCCUGUGUGUCAUUAUUAAGCAAAAGUCUUUGUAUUCAAUGUCAUUUUCUCGGAAAGAGACCCCGACUUUUCUUCGAAUCGUUGUCCCAAUUUGGUUUCAAACCUCUUUUGAGGCACUUGUACUUGUGUAAUUCUCUCAAAUCAUGAAGAAUAAGAUAAGUUGAGCGAACAAAAUGUGGUAAAAUCAACAAAUUGAAAUGGUAUAUCUUUUCUUAAUUUGGUGCUGCGUUAAACUUUUUCUGUGAGCGCCACUAAUUUGCACAUGAUAGAUGAAGCACCGUUUUCCUUUUCGGAUUUGUCUGUGUUGGUAAAACGCGUUAUCAAAACUGGUCCAUUCAAUGUUGGUUCGCUGUGUAUCUUUGGCAGUGUGAUGUCCACAGUGAAAUGUAUUGAAAGAGUUCCCACUUUCUCUCGCAUGCCGCAGUGAGUGUAUUUACUGUUUGUGACGUGACUCUGAUUGUCUGUGAUGAUCGUAAGGGCGGUCUUCAAUGGUUUUCGAGAACUUCUACUUUCAGUUGGCUGGCUUCCAGAUCAAACUGCGCGUGCUCGUAGGAAAUGACAAUGGUCGUUAAGAUUUUAAAGUUCCCGCCGAUUUUAUGUGUCGUGUGCAAGAAUGUCGUCGUUUUAUAAAGGCAUACCUUGCAUAAAAAAGAGUGCUGAGAACGCAACAAAUUGAGUGUAUAUCUAGGUGUUAGAGUAAUUACACGAUUGAAUUUCACACAAUGUAAAAAAAUAGUGGAAAAACGGUGCAAUUGCCUGCAAUUAUUGUCGUUAGUAAACACUGUAUCAUUUACCACGUAUAUUUCCACAUGGAUAACGACGAUUGUAUUUGUAACACGCGUUGCGGGCAAACUGUCCAUUUCUGAAUCAGUGGAUAAAACGCACUUGUACAUUCCAGGGAAGUUUCUAUAUUUCAUACAAGUCGUUUUCACAUCUACGAUUGUGAGUUCGAAAAAAUUCUGGCCUAAGAUUAUUCUUCGUCCCCUUUUACUUUAACAAAUUUAAUUUUAAAAAAGUCAUGAUUUACCUGACUUGCUGAAACUACGAAAGGAAUUCGUGCAAAUUGUUUCAGUUUUAAACAAGAGUCUUUUGCCGGAGAAAUGUAAUCUACGCAAAAACAUGUUUGUAAUAUUUUAUAUGUCUGUGAGUUUUUUCUUGUGAAUAUAAGUGUCUGCUAAGCAGAGUCGUGUUGUAUCAAUUUCUUGUUUAAAAAGAUAAACUGCUUACAUUUGGGUAAACCUUGUAUACAGCUCCGAACAAAGUUAUGAUUAUACUGCCGUAUGGAACAUUUUUAUUUAUGUAUUCCACUUAUUUCGACAGUUCGGAACUCAGUGAUCGUGCCCCUUUUAAAAUAUUAACGAAUUUGAAAUUUGUUAUCAGAAUGUUUUUUUAAACUGAGUUACUACCGUCACUUUGUUAUUCAGUGUUCACUCUUCAAAAUGAUAUACAAAAAACAUGAUAGUAAUGAAAUGCAAGUUAUACUUUUGCUUUGGUUUUUUUUUUGUAUCGCCCAUAGAGCCACGUUGGGUCAUUUGCAUUUACCCAGUACAAUGGCAGAAACCUUGUUCAAAGUGAAGAUAGGACUUCUAUCAAAUACCCUGUGAAGUUAGUCCGCCUGAAAUGGUGCCCGCAUGCACACAUUUUUAUGUGCCAACUGCCGAGCAAGGAAUCCAGUAAAAGAGACCCUGCAGAUUGUACAUGUUUCGUCUGUUCUCUCAAAAUGUAAAGUAUCAAAAAUCAACUGAGCUUAAACUUCAAUAUAUUAGUUGUUAGGCACCCUUGUACAGAGUUUGAGAAAUUGUGUUGCUUCAAACGAAAACAAAAAUGCGCAAAAAGCGAAUGAUCAAGUGGCCUGUAUUCAGUUGGAGAUGAGAUCGAUUUCUCGCAGAUUUAUU